AUGGGUCCCCCGAGCAGCCUGCUGCUGGGCCAGCUCGUGCCCUGCGUCGUAUGCCUGCUGGCGUGCCUGUGCCGAGCCUGCUACAAAUUCCCGCCAGAUGUGGUCGACCCGUGCCUGGAGAAGCGCUGCGAGUGGGGCGCCGAGUGCCGGCCCACGCUGGACGGCCGCGCCGCCGACUGCGUCUGCCCGGACAAGUGCGUGUCGUACGGGGACGCCCGCGGGUCCAGGCCCGUGUGCGGCUCCGACGGCAGGGACUACCCCAACAGCUGCGAGCUGCGGCGGGCCUCCUGCAACGCUAUGAGGGACGUCCAGCACCGCUUCACCGGACCCUGCGAUCCGUGCCAAGGUGUCCAGUGUCCAGCUUCCCAGGUGUGCCAACUGGACGAGCAGCGGAACCCGAUCUGCCGCUGCAACGGCGCCUGCCCGGGCGACCUCCGGCCGGUGUGCGGCUCGGACGGCCGCACCUACCCGAACGAGUGUCUGCUCCGGGUGGAGGCAUGCCGCUCGCACCGCUCCAUCCGUAUUAUCUACGCCGGCCCGUGCUCGCAGGGCCUCAACCCGUGCGGGGCACUGGAGUGUCCCUUCGACUGCAACAUCGACCGCUUCGGCAAGGCCUCGUGCGCCUGUCCGCCCCCUUGCGAACAGGUCCUUCGGCCCGUGUGCGGAUCGGACGGCAAGAGCUACGACUCGGCCUGCCACCUCCGCCGCGAAGCCUGCCUUGGAGCGGACGAGCAGCUCCGCGUCUCGUACGCGGGCCCCUGCGACGUCAGCGCGCCCUGCCACGGCUUCCACUGUCCCCAGGGAGCCUUCUGCGCCCCCGCGGCGGACGGCGCCCCUUCCUGCCACUGCCCGCCCUGCUCGGAAGAGUUCGAGCCCGUCUGCGGCUCCGACGGCAUCUCCUACCCGAACGAGUGCAAACUACGUCGCGAGACCUGCCAGAGGUCCUCCACAGGGACCGGCUUGCCCGCCGUGACCGUCGCACAUCCUGGGCUCUGUUCGGAUCCUUGCGACGGUCGCCAGUGUCCCUUCUACGGCAUCUGCCAGGGGGCCCGCUGCACCUGUCCGCCGCCGUGUCCGACACCCCUCGACGACCCGGUAUGCGGUUCGGACGGGCUGACGUACGCAAACGAGUGCGAGCUACGGAGGGCGUCCUGCCGGCAGCAGCGGGCACUAGCGCUCGCAUCCAGGGGACCCUGUGACACGUGCCAAGGCGUACAGUGCAGCCUUGGAGCACGCUGCGAAAGCGGAGUUUGUGUCUGUCCGCGGGACUGUCCCGAAGCCCUGGAGCCCGUCUGCGACACCCAAGGCCAGCCGUACUCCAACGAGUGCCAGUUGCGGAGGGCUUCUUGCAAGCAGGGCCGAGACCUUGGACCUCCGAGACCCUGCACUGCCGCCGAACAAGACCUGGAGACGGGCAGCGGCGACGGCUGCUCCGGCGCUUGUCGCUUCGGCGCCGUGUGCGGACCGGGAGGUGACUGCCGCUGCGAGCUUCACUGCGACGAGGUCGGUCCCAGUGUGAUCCGGGUGUGUGCCUCCGACGGUUUUUGGUACCCGAGCAGCUGCCACGUGAGGCAGGAGGCUUGCCGGCGGCAGAAGGACAUCCGGCCUGCUGACGGCCCGGACGCCUGCCUCAAGGGAGCCGCCAACAAGGGCCCCAAGACGUGCGCCCAGAGCGCCUUUGGAUGCUGCUCCGACGGUGUGACGCCGGCGCUGGGGGUCAACCAUGCCGGAUGUCCCAGCGUAUGCAACUGCAACCGUCUGGGGUCAUUGGCCGCCACCUGCGACGCCCAGAGCAGCCAGUGCGCCUGCAAGCCCGGCGUGGGUGGACUACGUUGCGACCGCUGUCUGCCAGGCUACUGGGGCCUGCACCGCAUCGCCGACGGCGUCAACGGGUGCUCGCCCUGCCAGUGCAGCGCUCUGGGCUCCGUGCGGGACGACUGCGAGCAGAUGACCGGUCGUUGCGUCUGCAAGCACGGCGUGCACGGCAUGAAGUGCGACCAGUGCACCGACCGGUCCGCGCGCCUGGGCGCCGAUGGCUGCAGUUCGGCCAGUGGGCCUCUGGGCGCCUGCGAGCAGUGUGCCGGGGGUUCCGACGACGGCGGACCCGUGUGCGGUUCAGACGGCAACACGUACGCGUCCGCCUGCCAGCUGCGCCAGUUCGUGUGUCGCCUGCAACGGAACUUGACACUGCGAGCGCCUGGACCCUGCGAGGACGCUCCUUCGCCUACGGCAGGGCCCGUGCGACGCUCCACGGCACACCGGGCUCUCCCAGAAGAGGACGCGCUCGGUCAGGACCCGCAGGACUCGGUGGGCCUGCCCUUGCUGAGCACCAGGCCAACGGCAGCCACUGAUGAACCCCAGGAAGAAACCCCGGAGGAGGCCCGUGCCCCGGAGGAUCUGCCAGCGCUGCGAGUUCCCGAGUUCUCCGGGCGCUCCUACAUGGAACUGCCCCGGCUGCAGGCCUACACUGGGCUCUCGCUCGAGCUCGAGCUUAAGGCCGACGCCCCGGAUGGAAUCCUCCUCUACAACGGCCAGACGGCGUCCGGCGCCGGAGACUUCGUGUCGCUCGCGCUAAGAGAAGGCCACCUCGAGUUCCGCUACAACCUCGGCUCGGGACCCGUACUCCUCAGAGCCCCCAAGCCGCUGACGCUGGGACGCUUCCACCGCGUGGUGGCCAAGAGGUACCUAAAGGACGGCUUCCUGACGCUGGACGGCGAGGCGGACAUCCGGGGCCGCUCCAGGGGCCUGCUGCAGUCCCUCGACCUUGCCGAGAACCUUCUGGUCGGGUGGGUGCCGGGCCCCCGGGGCCUGGGCCCCCCCGCGGGGGUCCUGGACAACCUGGGUGGCCUGGCCCAGGGCUUCCGGGGCUGCCUGCGCCGCCUGCGCCUGGGCAAGCGGGACCUCCAGCUGUCCGGCGCCACCAAGGACGUGCUGCGCGUCAAGGGACUCACCGAGUGCGGGCCUCCCUGCGGGCCCUGCCUCAACGGCGCCACCUGCCUGGACCACGGGCCCGGCAACUCGACUUGCCUCUGCGCCCCGGGGUUCCAGGGCGCCCAGUGUGAGCGGCCCAGACGCCGAGCCUGCGAGCCCGACCCUUGCGGGGCCGGAGCGUCCUGCAUGAGCCGACCCGCGGGGGCCUUCUCGUGCCGCUGCCCUCCCGGGCGCAGCGGGCGCCUCUGCGAGGGCCGGGCCGCCGUGCCAGAAUUCUCGGGGGACGGCUAUCUGGAGUUGCCCAGGCUGCACAACGUGGGACAAGCCUUCUCGCUCGAGCUCUGGUUCCUGGCCAGGGCCCCCGACGGCCUCCUCCUCUACAACGGGCAGGGGGCGUCCGGGAGGGGCGACUUCUUGGCGCUCAGGCUCGUGGCCGGACGUGUGCAGCUCCGCUACGACCUCGGCUCCGGGGCUGCUAACGUCUCGUCGCCGAACGAAGUGAAGAUGCAUGAGUGGCACGCGGUGCGGGUGACGCGCACUCGCAAGGAAGGCUCGCUGCAGCUCGACGACGGGCCCACGGUGCAUGGAGAGUCGAGCGGCCCGCUGAGCGAACUAAACCUGGAGCAGCCUCUGUACCUGGGCGGCCUGCCGUCCGAGGCGGCGCUGAGCCCCGAAGCCGGGCCCCGGGAGCCUGGCCUGGACGGCGCGCUCCAGCGUCUGGUGCUCAACGGCGACGCCUGGACGGACCUGGUGGGACGCGCCAGGGCCUCGGAGAGGGUCUCCUCGUUCGCGGGGCCCCCCUGCGGCCCGGCGCCGGGGCCCUGCCUCAACGGGGGCCUCUGCCUGCCGGCCCUCGCCAGGCACUCGUGCUCGUGCCCCGCGGGCUUCGGGGGCGCCCUGUGCGAGCUCGCCUUCGACGAGGCCCAGCCCAGGCCUGUCGCCUUCGCCGGCACCAGCUUCCUUCACUUCAGGCACGGCUCCAGGGAACCUGGUGAAGAAGAAGAGCCACUAGGCGGCGCUCCCGAGAACGAGGUGGAGGUCCGCUUCCGCAGCAGGGAACCUCAGGGCCUGCUGCUCUGGACGGGGGGACGCGGGGACCACCUGGCCCUGGCGCUGUCCCAGGGCCGCCUCCUGGUCUCCUUUGACCUGGGCGCCCAGCGGACGGAACUGUGGUCCGAGUCGCGUCUGGACGACGGCCGCUGGCACACGGCGCGCCUCCAGCGCCAGGGCCGGCUGGCCACGCUCACAGUGGACGUGGGCAAGCCGCUGAGUGCCACGGCCACGCCGGGAGCGACGCAGCUCAACACGGACGGCCUGCUCUGGGUGGGCGGCUGCCCCAAGCUGCCUCCGGGCCUGCCGGCCCCGCUCUAUUUGGGCUUCGUGGGAUGCCUGACGGCACUCACGCUAGACGGGCACUCGGUGGCCUUGGCCGGCCCGCCGUGCUCCGACGAGCCCUGAACGGCCCCGCGCCGCGACGACUCCAUGUCUUCCAAGAACGCUCUCGUGCCUCGGCCGCCGCGCCACACUGUAGACACAACAGAACGUUGGCGCGCUUACGGGUGUAAAUGGCUCGUCCCCUCCGUUGGAGGUCCUGCUUCAGCCAAAUGAGGGUAGGCAAGGGGGUUCGCUGACACCUCUUAUAGGGUGUUCCCGAGCGCCCUUCGGGUGUAAACAAUUUUGUAUAAAUAGACCAAUAAACGGAGUGCAUUCAAACUUUUCA